AUGAAAUUCUUUCCCGCAUACAGCAGCUGCCUUCUAGCACUCUCAACCUUCGUCGUCACCUGCUGCAUGGAUGCGCAGCCCGGCUUUUCCAGAUCCGAAGCUCGCAACUUCCUGCACACCGCAGUCGCAGUGAUUUUUAUCACGACAGCAGCAACAGCUUCGAGUCUGCUGCCUCUCGGAUCCAUGAGCACAUCUUUGGCUGUCGUGGCCCUCGUGUUCCUCGUUCUCAUGCUGACGGCGGCAACCUGCUUACCAGAUAUUCAAGAAGAGAGGCCAAAUCCAGCACAGGAGUCGGAGCCCAUGCACAUCAUCAUACAGCGUGCGGUGCAAACCUGGGAAUAUUGGGUGUACAUUGGCGUAUUUUGCACGUGCGCCGGUUCUGGCCAGAUGAUCUUGACCAAUCUGUAUCAAAUCGCAGAUGCGAGUGGCUACGCUGACAGAAGUGAAGCGCUCUUGCCGCCACGACACGAGAACUUCGCACUCCGGAAGCAGUCAGCCUAUCGAAAAGCAACGGAAGCGAUGCACACCAUAGCGCAGGUGAAUUUUGGGAGCAUGCUGGGGCGGCUCGGCUUCGGAGCCGCCUGUGACGUGCUUCGGCGCCGCCGCGCCUCCCGAACUCUCUUGUUUCUGCUGUGCAACCUGCUUGGCAUUGUGGGGCAAGCCCUCUUUUACAUGGCGGCAGUCGGAGGUCAGGAGCUGCUUUUGUAUGCUGGCGCGGUGGUCACUGGAUUCGGCUUUGGCGGCGGCUUUCCCACAUUGGUAAAUGUCUGCGCGGCGCGCUGGGGCAGCGCCACACUCAGCGCUAACUGGACCUUCAUGGAUGCUGUGGGCAAUGGAUGCGCUUCAAUCCUCUUCGGCAGCAUUUUGGGAAGCUCUUCAUAUGAUCGCCAUGCAGACAGCGGCCACUCUUGCUUUGGACCUCAGUGCUUCGCGCUGCCACACAUAGUGAUGGCAUCGGCCUGCGCAUGCGGGGCAGCCUUGUCCCUGGUGUUGAUCUGGAAACACCCGCGCAACAGCGAGGUUCGACGAUCCCUGUCUCAGUCGUUCAGGCUGCGCUCAAGUGUGGCAAACUUCGACAUCACCUUUUGA